GGACAAUGUCAUCAGGGUGUGAGGGCGGGUGGCCAGGUUACCCCUACUGUGCCUAUCCGGCACCGCCGCCACCACCACAGUGGUCGGGACAUCACCCCCAUCACCACCACCAUCACUAUCACCACCACACGCCCGACUUCUGCAGUCCCCACCAGGGCGCGCCGCAGCCCCCGCCGCCACUCGUCACCUACGCCGACGGCAGCGUCCUGCCGCCAUGUCCGCCUCACUACUGGGACGGCGACGAACUCAUAGACUCGUACGGCCGCGUCGUGCGUCGCAAGACGUCGGCCAACAAGAAGGAGCGUCGGCGGACGCAGAGCAUCAACAACGCCUUCGCGGAGCUGCGGGAGUGUAUCCCCAACGUGCCCGCCGACACUAAGCUCUCCAAGAUCAAGACGCUAAGACUCGCCACCUCCUACAUCGCCUACCUCAUGGAGGUCCUGCACGCUGAAGACGCCGCCGCCGCCGCCCACCACCACCACCACCACCCAGCGGCGCCGCCCACUGCCGCAGCCGCCCCUCCUGCCGCAGCCGCCGCCCCUCAACCCUUCAGGGCCCACCUGCCGCCCACACCUGCCACCACCAACCCUGCCGCAGCCGCCGCCGCCGCCGCCCUUAAUGACAAGGACGACAGUGAUAUGGAGACGGAGCCGACGACGCAUGGCGAUGUUCCUGCUCCAGUCCUCUCCUCCACUUCCCCCACUUCCUGCUCCUCCUCCAUCUCCGCCCCCGUCCCCGCCUCCUCCGCCUCCACCUCCUGCUCUUCCUCUGCCACUGAGGCAGCCAUGAUAGACAAGCGCCGAGGGCGGACGGGCUGGCCGGAGACGGUUUGGGCCCAGGAGCUGAAGCACUAAUAUACCUCUAGCAGCUGCAGCACUCUCCCUCUUCAGCCGCAGCAUUCAUCACUGUUCAGCUGCAGCACUCUCCCUCUUCAGCCGCAGCAUUCAUCACUGUUCAGCUGCAGCAUUCUCCCUCUUCAGCCGCAGCACUCAUCACUGUUCAGCUGCAGCACUCUCCCUCUUCAGCCGCAGCACUCAUCACUGUUCAGCUGCAGCACUCUCCCUCUUCAGCCGCAGCAUUCAUCACUGUUCAGCUGCAGCAUUCUCCCUCUUCAGCCGCAGCAUUCAUCACUGUUCAGCUGCAGCACUCUCCCUCUUCAGCCGCAGCAUUCAUCACUGUUCAGCUGCAGCAUUCUCCCUCUUCAGCCGCAGCACUCAUCACUGUUCAGCUGCAGCACUCUCCCUCUUCAGCUGCAGCACUCAUCACUGUUCCUCUCCUCUGAAGGCCCAGACCGAUCCCACUGUGGGUGACCUGACCCGUUCUGUACUCCACACUGAAACACUUUGAUACCAACUGAAGCUUUCGGUUGCUAUGAUGCUUCAGCAGCUGUAGAAUAAUCCCCCUAGCACCUCAAGACGAGUGCUAGGAUGUCUUAGGAGAAGCACAUGAGCAUGCUACCACACAGCACUUGGGCUGCACAACAGGAGUGAACAGUUCUGCUGUUCACACUAGAUAAUGUGUGUGUGUGUGUGGUCACCAGUGAUCCUAUAUGUUAUUAUUGUUCAACAAAAUCAUUACUUUUUCCUAGGCCAACUAAGCCUUUGGGCUUGUGUAGAGAGAGAUGUUGUUCCCGCAGAUGGCUGGGAGAGAUGACUUUAUUUAUUUGUUUAUGUCUUUGUUGUCUUGUUUGUUUUGUUUAUGUUUCAAAGGUGCAGGUGAGUCACACGGACGAGUAAUGUGUUGUGAUCUUUGUGUGUGAGUAGUGUACAUUAGUUACUGUGUGACCCGCCUGCUUUACCUGUCAUCUUUACCCACCUGUCACCUGCCUCACCUGUCACCUCCCACACCUGUCACCUGUCACCUCCCACACCUGUCACCUCCCACACCUGUCAUCUCCGUCACCUGUCACCUUCGUCACCUGUCACCUCCCACACCUGUCACCUCCCUCACCUGUCACCUCCCACACCUGUCACCUGCCUCACCUGUCAUAUCCGUCACCUGUCACCUCCCACACCUGUCAGCUGUCACCUCCCACACUUGUCACCUCCCACAUCUGUCACCUCCCCCACUUGUCACCUCCGUCACCUGUCACCUCUCACACCUGUCACCUCCCACACCUGUCACCUCGCACACCUGUCACCUCCCUCACCUGUCACCUAAUGGCUAGGCUUCUUGUGGCUGGGCUACUGGGGGAGGCUAGAGGUAUUACGCUUCCUCAACGUCUCCUGUGCUCUGGGGAUUUACGAGGCCACUGUCAGACUUCAAGGGACUUGUAUUGUUGUGGAAAGACCGCUUGUAGUGGCCACUGAGGAGUGUCACAAGGCUCCAGACGCUUGUAGUGGCCACUGAGGAGUGACACAAGGCUCCAGACGCUUGUAGUGGCCACUGAGGAGUGACACAAGGCUCCAGACGCUUGUAGUGGCCACUGAGGAGUGUCACAAGGCUCCAGACGCUUGUAGUGGCCACUGAGGAGUGACACAAGGCUCCAGACGCUUGUAGUGGCCACUGAGGAGUGACGCAAGGCUCCAGACGCUUGUAGUGGCCACUGAGGAGUGACACAAGGCUCCAGACGCUUGUAGUGGCCACUGAGGAGUGACACAAGGCUCCUGACGCUUGUAGUGGCCACUGAGGAGUGUCACAAGGCUCCAGACGCUUGUAGUGGCCACUGAGGAGUGACACAAGGCUCCAGACGCUUGUAGUGGCCACUGAGGAGUGACACAAGGCUCCAGACGCUUGUAGUGGCCACUGAGGAGUGACACAAGGCUCCAGACGCUUGUAGUGGCCACUGAGGAGUGACACAAGGCUCCAGACGCUUGUAGUGGCCACUGAGGAGUGACACAAGGCUCCAGACGCUUGUAGUGGCCACUGAGGAGUGACACAAGGCUCCUGACGCUUGUAGUGGCCACUGAGGAGUGACACAAGGCUCCAGACGCUUGUAGUGGCCCGUGAGGUUAUAAAAGUACGUUAAAUAAUGUAGAAUUGUCCCCCAUACUGGGUGCCAGGGGCCCCGUCAACAGUGUUGCCAUACACUAAGUAUUUCCUAAUACUUACCAUCAUAUACAUAUAUAUUGGAUGUGUAUUUCUGGCACAAACUUUAGUUUGUAUUGAUGAUGUAAUUUAUUCGGUGUAUGAUGCAAGCAAUGAUUGGUGUGGGGCUGUGUGUGUUGCCCUGGCUGGCUGGUGCGUGUCGUCGGUCGCUCUUGCCCGCCCUGUCAUGUCAUGCUGGCUGUAUGGCCUGUCAUAUCGCCUGUAUGGCUGUCAUAUCGCCUGUAUGGCCUGUCAUAUCGCCUGUAUGGCCUGUCAUAUCGCCUGUAUGGCCUGUCAUAUCGCCUGUAUGGCCUGUCAUAUCGCCUGUAUGGCUGUCAUAUCGCCUGUAUGGCUGUCAUAUCGCCUGUAUGGCUGUCAUAUCGCCUGUAUGGCCUGUCAUAUCGCCUGUAUGACCUGUCAUAUCGCCUGUAUGGCUGUCAUAUCGCCUGUAUGGCUGUCAUAUCGCCUGUAUGGCUGUCAUAUCGCCUGUAUGGCCUGUCAUAUCGCCUGUAUGGCCUGUCAUAUCGCCUGUAUGGCCUGUCAUAUCGCCUGUAUGGCCUGUCAUAUCGCCUGUAUGGCCUGUCAUAUCGCCUGUAUGGCCUGUCAUAUCGCCUGUAUGGCCUGUCAUAUCGCCUGUAUGGCCUGUCAUAUCGCCUGUAUGGCCUGUCAUAUCGCCUGUAUGGCCUGUCAUAUCGCCUGUAUGGCCUGUCAUAUCGCCUGUAUGGCCUGUCAUAUCGCCUGUAUGGCCUGUCAUAUCGCCUGUAUGGCCUGUCAUAUCGCCUGUAUGGCCUGUCAUAUCGCCUGUAUGGCCUGUCAUAUCGCCUGUAUGGCCUGUCAUAUCGCCUGUAUGGCCUGUCAUAUCGCCUGUAUGGCCUGUCAUAUCGCCUGUAUGGCCUGUCAUAUCGCCUGUAUGGCCUGUCAUAUCGCCUGUAUGGCCUGUCAUAUCGCCUGUAUGGCCUGUCAUAUCGCCUGUAUGGCCUGUCAUGUCAAAAUGUUACGCUGCCUGUCAUGUGAUAUAUCAUGCGACCUGUCAUUCAUGUUGACAUGUUGUCUGUCAUGUGUAACGUGACCGUCUGUGUUACCUGUCAUGUAGCCCGCUAUGUUGCCCAGCAUUUAAUCUGUCAUAUUACCACUAUGUUGUCCUGUCAUGAGGACAGGACAACAUGAGGCAUGAUAUUUUGACUGUCAAGCAGUUUAUCUUGUGAUCUGGCAUAUGGAAUGAUAUGUGGCAUAAUAUGUGGCCUGUCUUGUGAGCUGUCCUCAUACCUUAGGUGACCUGUCAUAUACUGUCAUGCGGCCUGUCAUAUGAUCACAACUCCCAGUAAAGGUAACUGGAGUGAUCUGGAGGAUUGAUAUGUUAUUUGUAGGCCAGGGAACACACACACACACACACACACACACACACACACACACACACACACACACACACACACACACACACACACACACACACACACACACACACACACACACA